CAGUCGCGCCGAGGCAGCGCAGCUCGCGCCGACAAUGCUUUGAAAGCACUUGGCGUUCGUACUCGGUGAUUAGAGAGCUGAAAAAGAUAGGACCGGGCAACCUCACCUCCUCAAACACCGAGUGAGGUUUUGGGGAGAAGGAGGCAGAAAACGGCAGGAUAAGGAGAUCGACGAGAAGAGCAGGUGACGGACGUGGAGUUUUUUUUUUUUUUUUCUUUAAGAAAUACCUCAAAGCGGCUCGGACCUCCGAUGAGGAGUGCUUUUCCUUGCCUGCUCUUCGUGAUAGAAAGUAACUGAUCUCGAGCCGCGUUCGUCAUGUCAUCGUCCGGCAAAGACAACAGCGGAGCGCCGCAUGCCAAUUACGUGGGACCAUACCGUUUGGAGAAGACGCUGGGCAAAGGACAGACAGGAUUGGUCAAGCUUGGAGUUCACUGUGUAACAUGCCAGAAAGUCGCAAUUAAGAUCGUCAAUCGUGAGAAACUCAGCGAGUCAGUACUAAUGAAGGUGGAGCGAGAAAUAGCCAUUCUGAAGCUCAUAGAACACCCACAUGUUUUAAAGCUACACGACGUCUAUGAAAACAAAAAAUACUUGUACCUUGUACUAGAACAUGUAUCCGGUGGAGAACUCUUUGACUAUCUGGUGAAGAAAGGCAGAUUAACGCCAAAAGAGGCCAGAAAGUUUUUCAGACAGAUCAUGUCUGCGCUGGAUUUUUGCCACAGUCAUUCCAUAUGCCACAGGGAUCUGAAGCCUGAGAAUCUGCUGCUAGAUGAAAAGAAUAACAUCAGGAUAGCAGAUUUUGGCAUGGCCUCUCUUCAGGUUGGAGACAGCCUCUUGGAAACCAGCUGUGGCUCUCCACACUACGCGUGUCCAGAAGUCAUCAGGGGGGAGAAGUAUGAUGGAAGGAAAGCGGACGUAUGGAGUUGUGGUGUUAUUCUAUUUGCCCUAUUGGUGGGAGCGCUGCCAUUUGAUGAUGACAACCUGAGGAAUCUGCUCGAAAAAGUGAAGUUGGGAGUGUUUCACAUGCCCCACUUUAUCCCUCCGGACUGUCAGAACCUCCUGCGGGGAAUGAUAGAAGUGGAUGCCUCCAAAAGACUUACGCUAGAACAGAUCCAGAAGCAUACGUGGUACAUAGGGGGUAAGAAUGAGCCAGAGCCUGAGCAGCCUGUGCCGCGGAAGGUGACCAUACGCAGCCUCCCCUCGGCAGAUGACAUCGACCCAGACGUCCUGGACAGCAUGCACUCUCUGGGCUGCUUCAGAGACAAGAACAAACUGCUGAAAGACCUCCUAUCGGAUGAUGAUAACCAAGAAAAGAUGAUCUAUUUCCUGUUAUUGGACCGUAAAGAGAGGUACCCCAGUCAAGAGGACCAGAACCUUCCCCCUCGCAACGAGAUUGAUCCUCCAAAGAAACGGGUCGACUCUCCCAUGUUGAACCGACACGGCAAACGGAGGCCAGAGAGGAAGUCCAUGGAGGUCCUCAGUGUCACUGAUGGAGGCUCACCUGUGCCGGCUAGGAGGGCCAUCGACAUGACGCAGCAUGGCCAACGUAAGUCAGUAUACAGUAAAAGCUUGGAUAUACCUGUUGCCAGGACAAAAUGCAGCAAAGACGAAAGGUCGCGGUCUAUUAGCGGAGCCUCCUCGGGCCUCACCACCAGCCCGCUCAGCAGCCCACGGCCUGUUAGAAAGUUUUGUGUUCCGCCUCAAUCCCCUGAUUUGCUGCAGUCCCCUAACACUAGCCCCAUUCCAUCCCCUGAGCCAAUUCCAAAUCGUUCAGGUCCUCGUAUGUCUACGCCUAACUCGCUGGCCCCGAGCACCGAGGCCCUGCCGACAACACUUAACAAGACGCAAACGCUCCCAACUAAGCCUAAAGUCGCCCCUAAACCUCUUCACGCUACUCGAUCCAACCCGCUCCCUGAAGCGUCAUUAGAUGCAGCAUCCAUAUCGGAGUCCUCAGCUUCCUGCCAUAUUCCAUCACACCCUCCAUCUGCCUCCAUGCCGCCCACCCCCACCUCCCCGCUUUCUCCAACCUCCCCAAGCCCCGUUUCUCCUGUCCUGAACAGCCCCCAAGUACGACGCUCCCAUUUCGCUGCCAACCCCCAACUCUCUGUGCCCUUCAGCCCUGUGGUGCCUCCCUCCCCCAUCAGGCUGCAUCACUUUCACCCUGUAACACCCAUGCCUUCUUCAUACGCUGACCACCCACCUAAAUCUAUCCCCCUCAUACAGGUAACCCCCCACCCUUCCCCCCGAGGCAGUCCCCUACCCACCCCAAAGGGCACUCCGGUGCACACGCCCAAGGACAGCCCAGCAGGGACUCCGACCCCUACACCACCCCCAAGUCCCUCCAUUGGCGGUAUGCCAUGGAGGACGCGCCUCAAUUCCAUCAAGAACAGUUUCCUGGGAUCACCACGCUUCCAUCGCAGGAAACUCCAAGUUCCCACACAAGAAGAGAUGUCCAGCCUCACUCCAGAGUCUUCCCCAGAACUUGCCAAAAAAUCCUGGUUUGGUAACUUCAUCAGCCUGGAAAAAGAGGAGCAAAUCUUCAUCGUUAUCAGGGACAAGCCGCUCAGCUCCAUCAAGGCCGACAUCGUUCAAGCAUUUCUCUCGAUUCCGAGCCUGAGCCACAGCGUCAUUUCGCAGACCAGUUUCCGAGCAGAAUACAAGUCCAAUGCCGGCCCUACAGUCUUCCAGAAGCCGGUCAAAUUCCAGGUGGACAUCACCUACACGGAGAGCACAGCUGCCACCAAGGAAAAUGGCAUCUACUCAGUCACCUUCACACUGCUCUCAGGACCCAGUCGGCGCUUCAAGCGGGUAGUGGAGACCAUUCAGAGCCAGUUGUUAAGCACACAUGACCAGCCUGGAGUCCAGCAGCUGUCUGACGAGAAGAACGGCCAGGUCCCAUCCAAGCGCUGCCCCUCGCCUGCGCACGUCCGCAGGCACGAGCAGGAAAACCAUGCGUCCAAAUGUGCGCUGGUCCAGUUGACACUACAAGAGGAGUCACUAGAUCCCAACUAGAUAGAGAACGCGACAUUUUGCCAUCCUUUUGCCUCCUUUCUUUGUGCUGCUCACGUGUGUGCUAACCUCACUUGUCUCUCAUCCCAGGACUUAUCCAGAAAACCUAUUAAGUUCACUCCCUCCCCCUUUACCGUCCCAUCCUGAGAGCCAGCCAAGAGACGGAUGUGCACGUGGAGGAAUGCUUUUGACUUGUUUGGGUUACCAUGGAAACACAUCCUUCAUGCAGACUUUUACCUUCGUCUUUCCCUUUCCCGUGUGCCCUGACAGUAGUAGUUAAAAAUACCAUUGGUGUUCCCGAGCCCUAAUGUGCACCCCCGCAUCCCAAACCCACCAUGCACCCUUGCUCAGAAAACAAGCAUUUUGCUAAGAGACUCAUCAUGCAUACCAGCACUUGUCCAGUAUGCACUCUAAACUCUGGGAUGUAUUUCCAAGAAGAUAAGCAGGAGACGGAGACGACGCUUACUGGAUUGUAGGGGUUUUUUUGUUUGUUUUUUGUGCUUUUAUUUGACAGUGUGUAAAAUUCUGACUUGAUCUGGAAUACCAUUACUGCUGCAAAUGAACUGGAACUGUGAUUUCAGCAAGACGAGGUGGUAGGAGGGCAGUUUGGGGGUGGGGCACAACAAAGUGGACAUGUGGGUGGGUAGCUGAAAAUGAAUGAUUUAUUGUGUUGUACAGACUGCUGUGAUUUCUGAUGUACAAAGUCAGAGUUGUCUCGUUGUGACAAGAUGUUUAGCUAGCCAAGAGGACAACAAACAUUUGUAUUUUUGGUCUCAUUGUCAUUUUUGUCUUUCAUGUUCUCUGCAGCACUUUGUCUUCAGUUCUCCAUUCAGACCUCUCUCUCACAUACUUACCAGCAGUAGGAAUAUGAAUUACAAACAAACAUUCUAAUGUGAUAAAUGUGCUUAUUUUUGUAUUUUGGCCCUUAUUUAUUCAUCUCACAGUGUCAUUUCCUAAUUUAUUAUAACUUGACUAUUUAUAUGAACAAAGCUGUUAGGUCAGUUGAAUGUUAUUUAUUAUUACCCUCUUGUGUGUUUCUAAAUGGGGCAUCAUUUGAAGAAAAACAAGAUCUAAUUUUAGCUGAAUGAUGAAUCUUUUCCUCAAUGACUAGGAGAAGGUGAAAAAAAAGAAAAGAUAUACAUAUAUACCAGUGAUUUAAGAAUGUAGACGUAGCCUCUUUUUGGAGAGAGGGAAUGCUCUUUUAUUGCUAUUUGUCAGUUUCUAUAUUAUUGUUUGUGUAGGCUGGGCCUGAGGACGACAACAGUGAUCCACAGAUCUUCUCUCUGUAAAUAGACAGUUCAAAAAUGGGAUUGAUUGUCUUCUUUGCCAUGAUGGGGAUUCCUGCUCUAUAUGUUUAGCUUGUAUUGCUGUGUGCAUGUCAAUCAAACAUGAGCUUUUCUUUGCAUGGCUUUGGUGUAAAUGUUCAACGCUGAUCAGUCGCCACUAAACUACCUUUUAUGUUGGCAGACCGCCUCUUGCUUUUUACCCAGGCUUUUAUUUUUGGCCUUUCUUUUUUUUUUUUUUCUUCAAAUCUCCCCUCCCACCUGCUGAUUUACUCCUCUUUAUCUUGCGCACAAUGUUUUUGAGCAAUGCCUCCUUCACUUUGCCACUCCACGAGAACUCUGAGGUCUGAGCUGUUUCAUGUGUGAGUGUAGAAGGCACUGGGGGAGGAUAUCACUACUUACAAAUACAAAGCAAUACUCUCAUGUCACCCCUCCUUUGUUUUCUACAAAUAGAAAGCAAGCAGCUCAGAGGACAGUCAGUGAUUGAGAGAGCCAGGGCAGGAACUAAACAGACUGCUGUAAUCCCCAUCUAACAUGACUACUGUGAGCAUCAUCAGUGCUGAAAAAAUAAAAUCAUUCUGUUA